AUGUACGCAGCCUCGAAGGCGCCGGUUUCGAAGGAUGUUCUUCUUCGUACAAAUAUUGUUAUGCUCCUUCUGACAUCUGGAUUUGUUCUUACGCGCGCUGUGCUGCAGAUCGUCAAACGAAAACCUUUUGAGUUGCCCGAUUUCUUCGUCUACUUUGCUUUCUGCUUGUUUGUCGCACUAUGGGCUUGUUACCAUGUCGUUGCGCCAUCGAUAUACAGAGCGUAUGCAGUUCUGGAGGGAAAGACUGAACCGUACGCCACGAUGAAGGACGAUGCUAUAGCGAUGUUGAAGUUCCUUGUUGCUGGCCAAAUGUGCUUCUACACACUUCUCAUUUCGGUCAAAAUGUCGUUGAUGACGCUGUACCGCAAGCUGCUCGCCGGACUGCCGAGGAUCUACAGAAAUAUAUGGUGGAGCAUAGUCGCCUUUUGCGUGCUGGCGUGGGUUGGUAGCAUCGUUAGCACUCUCACUACAUGUGACGAUCUCAACGCCGAGUUCAGAGAGGGCCAAUGCGGAGGAACUGCCAAUGAAGACCAGAGGGUUAUUUUCAGCCUCUACUUCGCGUACUCCGUUGAUGUGGCAACUGAUCUAGCUGUCAUGUUUCUGCCACUACGUCUCACAUGGAAUCUUCAGAUGCCUCGCAAGCAAAAAAUAGGCAUCUUUGUAUUGUUCGGUAGCGGUUUUAUUUGCAUCGCUUUUGCAACUAUACGUUGCUUACAAGUUGGUGUGGAUGGCGAUGGAAAGGCUACGACGCCAGAACCUAAAUGGUUGAUGCUAUGGACUAUACUGGAAUGCUCAAUAGCCAUAAUGAUUGCCUGUUCACCCGCCUUCGCAUCCUUCAUUCGGAGGUACAUGGAUUCGACAAAGCCAUCGUAUAACGCUCAAGGCUAUUUGAAACAAGGGACCGAUGAGAUCAGAAUGAAGAGCAUCGUCAGUUCCUCAGGCCGACGCAACCGCGACGCCGCGGACAUAUACUGGGAAGAUGCACAUAGUAGCCAGGAGGAACUUGCAAACAAUGCCGGGCGUAUCAUGGUUAAGACGACAGUGCACCAGAACGACGAGAUUACCAGCCACAAUUCCAAACAUGGGGUAACCAGCCAGUCUUAG